GAAUGGAGAAGAGGAGCCACAGGAGCUGUUGGUGUUUGGAUAUAGCUGCAAAUUAUUUCGAGAUGAUGACAAGGCGAAAAUGAUUGAUCAAGGAAAGCAUUUGAUACCAUGGAUGGGCGAUAGCACGUUGAAAAUAGACAGAAGAACGAUGUCAGACAGAACUAAGCAAUGUGCAGCUGUUCAAAAAACGCAACCACGAGUGGUUAACGUACGGAUAAGCAAUCUGGAGACUGUUUAAGGUUUCUGCAGGUGUCUUGGCUGCGAACAGGUGGUGUGGAAGCGCGGUAUACGCGCUCUACACGACCGCAGAGCAGCGUGCUCUCGCGAUGCUGGUGCUUAUGGCUGACCGUCGGUGCAGCAGCAAGGUGAGACACAGCGUAGAGAGACAAACGGCAGCUGACGGUUGUAUGUACUACAAUCGCUCAGCAUGGUAUGUAUUAGCGUUCUAGAUUCGGCUUUACCUGGCAUAAACACCCAACGCGAUUAAUGUUAUACAUGGUACGGAUAGCUUUAUUACAUAAAAUAUGCAGUUAUGGUGUAUCAUAUAUUGGAUCAUUUGAAAUCUAUUACUUGGGAAGAAAUAUUAAUUGCUCACAAUUGAGUAAACAUUGUCAAGGAUAUCCUGAAUUUUGUUUGCAUAUUCUAAAGCAUCAAGUUGUUACUAGCAUCUAGUCUACGAUACCUUGUGUAUAUCUUCCUGUAUAGUUUGUAGUCAUGGAUUUGUACAAUGAAAAUGCAUAAUGCGAUAGUAAACAAGACAAAUGUAAUAGAAUGUCAUUGAGUUUUGUAUAACUAUUCUAUUUCAGCUGAAUGACUUUGACAUGGGGUUUGCUUCGCGGCAUAACUUUCAGAUGCCGAGAUCAUCCAAACAAACUCUCAAAAAACACGCCACUUUCUUACCUUAAUUCGGUCAUUGUAUGUGUAUAGGUACGAUGGACGCGGAGCGCUGGGGGACUUAAGGAUAUACGAACCACCAACAGGUGGUUUCGACCAACGAACGAUCCUUACAGAGGAUGAACUCAAAGUGGAACAGCUAUGCGACGAAGAACGGUAUCGAUCUCUUUACAACAACGACAUGGAAGACGCUGUAUACCAAGAAGAAGAAAUGAAAAGACUGCAUCAAGCCCUGGAUUCAGAGAACUCGUAUGGUCAGGUAGCCUAUAAUUACAACGAGGAAGGGAACGGUCAGAAAAUCACAUGCGAAGAUUCGCAAAGUCCAAAGCAAUCGGAAGGUUCUCAGGAAGAGGAUCAGGCUUUCGUUCCACCUCCUGAGCUGGAAAUUCCAGAGGGUAUUUCACUGCCGGAAACGCAGAAACUGAACGCCAUCAUAACGAAAACGGCGUUGUUCAUAAGUCGCCAAGGAGGUCAAAUGGAAAUCUUGAUUAAAGCGAAGCAGGCAAACAAUCCACAGUUUUCGUUUUUGUCGAUAGACGGACGGCUACACCAGUAUUACAGAUACAUACUAGAUGCGAUCAAGACCGGAAAGUACAAUCCCGAAAAGCAGCCCGAAAAAGAAGAAUCCGAACCUGAAGAAGGAUCGUCGGAUCAGGAUGACGAGCCGUAUCUCCAUCCGAGUCUGGCGCCGUCUUUCACCAAGAUUGAAGCGGCUCCCAGUAUUCCGAGUAUACAGUAUAAACCGUCCGCGGAUUGUGCUUAUUCGAUGCUCGUGAAUAAAAUCACUGGAAGGCCGCCACCGUCAAAGAUGUCGCAGGUUCCUGAGACUCCUGUUCAGUCAGCGGUUCCCACCUUAGGAUACUAUCAUCCCGUGCCAGGGCAGGGCUACAAUCCUUACCCAGCACCUGUUCAGUACUCCCAUGGUCCGGUGGCAUACGGACCGAACGGACAAAUACAGUCGCCAGGUCAUCUCCCAGCCGUAACCGUACCACCAUCUGCGAUCGACCCGGCUGCGGGGCAUCCACUAACCAUCGACUCACCCGUGUCCUUGGUCCCUUAUGGAUCCACACCUCAAAAGCAAUUGAGCAGACCUUCGUUCAUCGUGCCACCGGCGGACGUUCAAAUAGUCAUCGACAAAAUGGCUAGUUACGUGGCGAAGAACGGUAGAGACUUCGAAGCGAUCGUGAAGAACAAAGGCGAUCCAAGGUUCAAUUUCCUUGAGCUGUCGCAUCAAUAUCACGGGUACUACGCGCACAAGUUGACGAUCUACGAGGGCGCUAUCAACCCUAAAGUAUUAACGGAAGAGGAGUUGCUGCAGAAACAGGAGCCGCUGGAGGAGAAGCAGAAGAAGUUAGAGGAGCUACAGAAGAAACAGCAGCGAAUGGAGGAAGUGCAGAAGAGGGUGAAGAUGAUACAGGCGAAAAAGAAAUGCGACACGAGGACGAAGCAGACCGCGACGGGAACCAAGCAGAUCACCACCGUGUCGUUCUCUAUUAAGAAGCCCAAGGACGGGGAGACCGGGAUCGAGAAACGGAAUGCUUUGCCUUUGGAGGAGAGCGAUGACGAAAUGGAAAAUGAGAACAAGGAUUCAAAUUCUAAACCCAGCUCUCCUCAAGGUAGCGAGCAGAACUCUUUAGGCGUCCUAGGGAUGGAUAAAGACGCGUGGAAGCCGGAGAAGAAGUCGAAGAACGAGGAGAAGGAGUUGGUGGAUCUUACCGAUGAGAUCCUGGAGGAUUGUCAGAAAGAGAUCAGGCACAAGCAGGCAGAGGACAGAAUCAAGGAUAAAUUGGUCGCGGCAGCAAGAGACAAGCUAGCAGCUACGUCUAGGGAGAGACAAUUACAGUUGGAGAGGAAGAAGAAAGCAGCAGCGUUUUUGAGUCAGAUACAGACUUCCGUCCUGUCGAGAGCUAGCGGAACGACUAGCCAGGGUACGCGAAAAGACGACUCCGACGAGGUACAUUCUGUCCCGUCACCGUCGCCCUCGCCGUCGUUUGACGACGUGAAAUCGUCCGAUUCGAGGACCGGUGGUAACUCGUUGAUGGAUAGAUUGAAGAGCGCUGACUUGACUGGCAAGAGGUCCAGGCCAAGAUCGAGGAGUCCCAACGGGAGUCGAGGUCACGCGGAUAGACAAAAGUAUCACAAGAGGCACAAAAAGAAGAAAAGUUCUCACAGAAGCAGUCACGAUAGUCCAAGCAGUUCUCGGUCGCACAGAUCCAAGAAGAGCAAGAAGACCUCCUCCAAGCAUAGAUCACGAUCGCGAACACCGUCCAGGAGACACCAGCACAGUGCGCGACGAAAGGGAAGCAACUCGUCCUAUUCGGACUCGAGCUCGCCAUGAAUUUGUACUUCGGUUGACUUUACACGUGUAAAAAUGUAUAUACAUGCACAUACGUAAGUAUAUAACACAUGCAUACAUACAUAUACACAUACAUAUACGCAAUAUAUGUAUUAGCGUGCGUGUCCGACUAUUAUCGCAUCAACGAUGAUUUUAAUACAACUUUUGUCCACGGAAAAAAAAAACAUCAUUGAAUAAUAAAAUGUAGUACGAUUACUCUCA